CAUCUUUGGCUCAUUGGCCGAGAGUCUGCGUGAGGCGUGGAAGGGAGGUCAUGCCGUCUCUGGCUCACCUUGGAAAAAGGUUGAUUUCGUUCAAAAGGUCAGAUGAAGAUGGUCGGAUACUGUGCUUGUUUUGCGCUCCUCUGCCUAUUGACGCGACCAACCUACGCGUUUCCUCCUGAAAAUGAUCUCGACGACAUGUGCCAAUUAGACGUGGAGAAAUUGAAAAAAUUGGUCAGUAGAUUCAGCGACGCCAGAAGCUUUGGAUGUGGGCAGUGGACAUCGAACUCAAAGGGCAUCAUGGAAGAAUUUUUACAGAAAGACGUGGGGAAAUGCAACGCAAACGAAAUUGAGCAUCUCACCAAGUUAGUGACCGGGUUAAAAAGUGAACUUCAGCAAGAUAUUCAGUCAGCAAAAUCUUCCUUGACAACCUCCCACACUCAAGAGCUCGCGGAUUUAAAAUCCGAGUUGAAGUGGGAGAUGCAAACCAUGUCUGGCUCCUAUGCCAAAGAGGCCAAUACAAUAUCAUCGGAUAUGCGAUGGUUGACCUCGGAGCAAAGCAAAUUCACACAAGAAAUGAAAGAAAGGAGCAAUAUCACCACAAAAGAAGUUCAAGAUUUGGCUAGCGUGGUUAAAGAUUUAGAAACCAUAAUUAAAACAGUAGCCACCCCAAAUUCAGAUGUUUCUCGUGAUCUGCUGGUAGAGAUGCGUCAUCUUGGUACUCAACUGAAUGAAGCUAUAACCAAGCUGAACAAAUUUUCUCGCGAUGUCAACACAAAGUUAGCAGACGUAAUGACUCUUUUAGAAGCUCAUAAAACUGAUUUUGAUGAGUGGAAGAAAAUGGAAGCGAAAAAAGUGACGCAACAACCGACGUGCCCAUCCCAUAGUGCCUCUCUGACGACACUGCCAAACGAGAAAAAAUACCUUUUCUCCAACGCAACCAUCCUCAACUGGAAAGCAGCCAAGGCAUUUUGCGAAAUGGAAAAAAUGCAUUUGGCUUCACCCAAGACGCAGCAGGAACUCACCUUUUUGCACCAAAAAGCCAAGGAAAUCGACAACGGAAAAACUCAUUGGUGGCUGGUGUCUGCGACUGACACCGGUCGGAAGCCCGGAGAGUUUGAAUGGCACGAUGGAACAAGCUUGCCCAAAAAUAGUCGCCUGUGGAGCUGGGGAGAACCUGACGAAUUCGAAGCAGGAAGAGAAGAUUGUGUUUAUUUCAACACGGGAAAAACUGACAAGUUGUGGGAUUAUGUUUGCAGCUACUCUGAUAGCUUUAUCUGCGAGGUGCCAUCUACUUGUUUAUGAAUCGGAAACAUUUGUAGGAUGGACAGAAAUUAUUUAGUUUGGUUUUGGGUGGGUUUGGGCUAUUUUACUCUGUUGAUUGUUCAAUAAAUCAGGGUUUGCUAGAGGUAGAAUAGAAUUAUUAACUAAAUUAAAUCUGACCGCCGAAUCCUUAAAAAUAUGUUCCAUUUUUACGAUUGUAACUCGUAUUACGGAAAUAAAUUUAUGUUAAU